UUUUGCUUCCCUUCCGGGCUGCGAGAGCUAGCGAAGGCCUGGUGGAGCUGCGGGCGGGGACGGGGCAUCCGCUGUCAUUCAGUUCAGUCAUUCUCUCGGUCGGCGAGGAAGGAAGAUGGACGCGCUCGGCAGGAAAGUAGUCGUCUGCGACAACGGCACUGGGUUUGUGAAAUGUGGAUAUGCAGGAUCCAAUUUUCCAGAACAUAUCUUCCCUGCAUUGGUUGGAAGACCAAUUAUUCGUUCAACUGCCAAAGUGGGAAACAUUGAAAUCAAGGAUCUUAUGGUUGGUGAUGAAGCAAGUGAGCUGAGAUCAAUGCUGGAAGUUAAUUACCCCAUGGAGAAUGGCAUUGUCCGAAACUGGGAUGAUAUGAAACAUCUUUGGGACUACACCUUUGGACCAGAAAAACUCAACAUCGAUACAAAAAACUGUAAAAUACUUCUGACAGAACCUCCUAUGAAUCCAACAAAGAACAGAGAAAAGAUUGUGGAGGUGAUGUUUGAAACAUACCAGUUUUCUGGUGUUUACGUAGCCAUUCAGGCAGUCCUCACUCUGUAUGCACAAGGUUUACUAACUGGCGUUGUUGUGGAUUCUGGAGAUGGUGUUACUCACAUCUGUCCAGUCUAUGAAGGUUUUUCUCUUCCUCAUCUCACCAGGAGAUUAGAUAUUGCUGGUAGAGAUAUUACCAGAUAUCUCAUUAAACUACUUUUACUACGAGGCUAUGCCUUCAAUCAUUCUGCUGAUUUUGAGACUGUUCGCAUGAUUAAAGAAAAGCUCUGCUAUGUGGGUUACAAUAUUGAACAGGAGCAGAAAUUGGCCUUGGAAACUACCGUGUUAGUUGAGUCCUACACACUCCCAGAUGGCAGAAUUAUUAAAGUUGGAGGUGAACGAUUUGAGGCACCUGAGGCCCUGUUCCAGCCUCACUUAAUCAAUGUGGAAGGAGUUGGUGUUGCUGAACUGCUGUUCAACACUAUCCAAGCUGCUGAUAUUGAUACCAGAUCUGAGUUCUAUAAGCACAUUGUAUUAUCUGGCGGUUCCACAAUGUACCCUGGCCUACCUUCACGCCUAGAACGUGAACUUAAGCAGCUUUAUCUGGAGCGAGUUCUGAAAGGUGAUGUGGAAAAACUUUCAAAAUUUAAGAUUCGAAUUGAGGAUCCACCUCGUCGAAAGCACAUGGUGUUCCUAGGUGGUGCAGUUCUUGCAGACAUCAUGAAGGACAAAGACAACUUCUGGAUGACCAGACAAGAAUAUCAAGAGAAGGGAGUGCGUGUGCUUGAGAAACUUGGGGUGACUGUUCGAUAAACUCAGAGUCUUUUUCCCAUCACUGCUUUGAUGCUGUCAUUCCUUUAUUACCAAUCUUUGAAGUCAUUCAGCUACGUGAAAUGGAAAGGCCUGUCACUGUCCUUAGGCUCAAAGGCUAGGUUUUGUUCCGCUCCUUUUUGUUAGAUAUUUGAUAAUGUGGCUAUAUUUAACUACUUAAUUGGACCACUUCUCUGCAAACAAAACAAGGGCAAGACUGGCCUGUCUACUGCAUUGUUUCCUUCCCAGUAGGCAGUUGGAUAAUUCCAAUAAGCUUUUUUUCCUUUGCUUUAUUGCUGUAACGCUAUCAGCUUUUGUCCAUAAGCUCAUCAUGGAUCAAAUACUUUUGUUAGCAUGAGAGGACUCGAAGAACAGUAGUUCUUGACUAUCAUGUGAUUAUAGUGAUUUAUUUUUGAUUCUUCUGCCUUCAUCCUAUUUGCUGUUUAGUGACAUUAUUUCUUACAUAGGAACUCUGAAAUCAGGUCAAAUUACCAGCAUAUUUUUUUUUAAUAUUAUCCCAGAAUAUUUUUAGAACAUAAGGCUUAAAUACCAUGAUAACUGGCUAUGAACACAUGAAUCAGGCAGUAAAGGUUAAGGAGAAAACUCAAUAUUAUUCUUUCUAAAACGGCCAGUAAUUUGCUUGGUUGUUGCUACAAAUUAUCUAAACUUCUUGCAUUUUUCUCUCAGAAGUGUAUUUUCCUACUUUGACUGGGCGGUAGGAAAUCUUUUUGUCCUCUUGGAUACAUAUAGUUAGGUCCCAUUCCCCACCCCCAAUAUUUCCCCAGUUGUUUUGGUACCAUUUCUUCUUUCCUUGCUAUUGGGUGUAAAGGGUUGUUGUUGUUUUUUUUAAAAUGGGCAACAUUAGAAUGUCAUCUGGGACUGGAUUUCCUGGAUAUUAUCUAUUAUAAGUAAUAUGUUUUAAAAAAAAGUCUGUAAACUUGAAUUAUUGGUACAACAUUACAAAAAAAAUUGAAUUGUAUUAAAUUUUGAACACAGUAAAACAGUGCCAAGUAAUUAUUGCAAAAAAAAAAUUAUAUGACUGUUAAAUGUUAUUUAAAAUCAUCCAAAUAUUUAUAUAUGGAAAUGUCCAUAGGUUGUAAAAAAAUAACCUUGAAUUUGUAGCAGUGAAAAAAACAUCUGGGAAUGUAGGCCUUCUGUUUAUCUGGUAAAUAUUCAGCUUAAUCUUGAUUGGGAAGAAGAGAAAUAAAGCAAGUAUUUGAAAUACUGUGUCAUUACAGGCAAACAUACCACUGAAAAAAGGUAUGGUGACUGUUAUCACCCACUGAAAUUAGAUUUAUCAGAAAACAAGAAAGCUGCUUUUCCCAAAGCCUUUCCUGGUCAAUAUGUGUUCUUUCAACCAUAUAUGCUUAUAAAAUACAAGCCUCUCAAAAAUUUGGCUGGAGUAGCUUCAGGCAGCAUAAACAGCAGAUAGACAAUUGAAGGAAGUUGUCUCACAUGAAAAAUAAUGGCUCCAAAUAUUUAUUUCUGCUAGUACUGUCCUUUUUUAAUGCAGGAGUGAUAAGCUCAACAAACAUACAUGGCCUUAACAUAGUAUUUGUAAAGAUACUUGUUACAAACAAGCAUAAAUCUGCAAAUGUGCUCCACGGUGGGUUGGGAUCCAGGAAACAGCAUAAUAGUGAGUAUUUUGAAAUGGCUCCACUUACUCUGUUUUUCAUUCUUGCUUAACUUAAAGCUUUUACUCUUUUCUCCUUGUUUCUAUUCGUUGGCAACAAGCGUUUGUUAACUGGUCAAUGUAAUUUUUAACAAGAUGGCACUAGAAGAUGGCACAGUCAAAUGGAUAAAGUACAUCUUAAGUACUUUGCCUGAAAUACAUAUGUUCUAAAGUUUUUAAAGAAUCUAGAGGGAGCUCUCUGAAAAUAGAGCAUGCUAUUGAAAUUAAAUAAUAGUCAUUUUAAAAACAAAACACAUACAUUAAAAAAGCAUAAACAGAAAUGUGUAUAAAGGUGUUAAAAAAAAGACAGCCAACUUCAAAAAACAGUAAUUGCAUGACAACCAAAGCAAUUAAACUAUCUUCCUUCUCA